UUUGAAUUGGUUCCUUAAGCUUAUUAUUAACGUAAAACCUUCCAUCAACUAUACACUAUCAUGGCAGAACAUGGUGCAGCAUCAUCGUCACAAUUCAAAUAUGAUGUUUUUCUGAGCUUUAGAGGAGACGUCGGCACAAGGUACACUUUCACGAGCCAUCUGUAUAGAGCUUUGGAGAAAACCAAAAGAAUCAAUGUCUUCAGAGAUGAGCCGCGUCUGCGACUUGGUGAUGAAAUUGGAGCUACGCUCCGCGAAGCAAUCGAGAAAUCAAGGAUGUCAAUAGUUGUGCUGUGUCAAAACCACGCAUCUUCGUCAUGGUGCCUCGAUGAACUAGUUCAUAUCAUGAAGUGUUCAGACAAUGGAAGAAAGCGACCGGUUCUUCCUGUUUUUUACCAUGUGCCACCAACAGAGGUUCGAUAUCAGAAGAAUCAGUAUGAAGCUGCCAUGCGCAAACAUGAAGAGAGAUACAGCAACAAAGUGAACACAUGGAGGUCAGCUUUGUUUGCAGUCUGUGAGCUAAGCGGAAAACACUGUACUGAGAAAGGGUAUGAAGCUGAUAUUGUUGACGAGAUUGUUAAAGAGGUUUUAAGCAAAAUUCCUGCUGAGCCUUUAUACAUGAAGCACCCAACUGGAUCUGGUUUUCAAUUUGAAGGUGUCAAAUCACUAUUGGAUCUUGAAUCUCACAACAAUGUUCGUAUGGUGGGAAUUUACCAUGAUAGUGAUGAGAUAGAUAUAAAGAACUUUGUUGGGGUGUUAUACAAUGAGAUCAGAGAUCAAUACGAUGCUGCUAGUUUUCUUGCCAGAGUUGGUGAAAAGUCAGCGGAAAGUAAUUGGGGUCUAGAAAAUCUUCAGAAGACACUUCUUUCUGAAAUGGGAGAGGAGGUAACUAAGAGGGGCAGCAUAUAUAACGGAUCCUCGCAAAUAAAACAAAAGUUGGGCAGCAAAAAAAUUCUUCUGAUACUCGAUGAUGUUGAUAAUAUAAGGCAGUUGGAAGCUUUAGCAGGAGGAGGUAAUUGGUUCGGUCCUGGCAGUAGGGUCAUCGUAACAACAAGAGACAAAGAUGUCUUGGAUAAUUACGAACCAGAAGAUGAUCUUGAGAUGAGGAUAUGCUGCAUUGGUGAAGGUGAAAUUGAAGGCAAUGUGAAGGAAGGAUAUGCAAAUGUAGUGGGAUUGGUGGAGGAUUUUGAAAUUGUGAUUAAUCAACUCAAGGAUGAAGAUUCUUCUGAAAAUGUUGUUUCCAUUGUUGGCAUGGGUGGAUUAGGAAAGACCACUCUUGCUCGAAAGAUCUACAAUGACGAGGAGGUCAAGAAGCUCUUCCCCUGCCGUGCAUGGGCAAUUGUUUCCAAGGAUUGCAGAGAAAAGGAAGUUUGUAAAAGCCUUCUCAACUGUCUGAAGAUGUCGACGUCUAAACAUGAAGACUCAAGUAGUGAAGAGAAGCUGAAGCAAAUGGUGAAGAAAUGUUUAAAAGGGAAAAAGUAUUUGGUAGUCCUUGAUGAUGUUUGGGACACUAAAGCGUGGGCCACUUUAAAAGAUUGUUUCCCAAAUAACAAUGGUGGCAUGGUACUAAUAACUACUCGUAAUGAUCAGGUGGCCUACUUUUCAAGGUCAAAGGAACCUCACCACCGACUUUCCUUUAUGGAUGAAGAAGAAAGCUGGAAGUUGUUUUGCAAUGAGGUGUUUGGUGGAGAAGAGUGUCCCCCUUAUUUAGAGCCUCUUGGUAGAUCCAUUGCUCAAAGUUGCAAAGGUUUACCAUUAGCUAUCAAAACCACAGCUGGGAUUGUUGCAAAGAGAGAGAGAUCAGAGGAUACAUGGAAAGAAAUGAUGAAUUUACUCCCCUAUUGGUGUGUGGCUGAGGACAAGGAUGGUAGUGAGGUGAUGAUGGAGAUUUUGAAGUUUAGCUUUGAUGAUUUGCCCAGGAAAUUGAAGCCGUGUUUUUUAUAUCUUGGAAUCUAUCCUGAAGAUGAAGAGAUUCGGGUGAGAGACUUAAUCCAUAUGUGGAUAGCAGAAGGGUUUAUAGAGACAAUCCAAAUUGGAAGAUCAAAAGUACCACAGCUAGAACCUGAAGAUAUUGGCGAGCAAUAUCUAAAGGAGCUGGUGGAUCGUAACUUGGUACAAGUGACAAGUAGGAGGAGUGAUGGGAAAGGCGUGAAAACAUGUCAGAUCCAUGAUCUCAUCCGGGAAUUGUGCAUAUCAGAGAGUAACAAUCCUGAUAACAAUAACAAUGCCCGUAGGUUGUCCUUUCUCAGCAGCAUAGGAUCCUAUGCCUGUUCAGUAGAGACAUGUAAUGAAGCUCGCACUCGUUCCCUAUUCUUUUAUGGAGAUGCACAUGGGUGGUCACAACAUAUUCCGGAAAAUUGCCAACUUAAUGUGCUAUAUUUUAAACAACAGGUAAAGGGUAGUUCAUCAGAUGAGUAUUUAGAGAAUUUGACACCCCUCAGAAACACUGCAAGUUCUGGGCAGUUGGUUGUCGAAAAGCCUACGAAUUGGGGAGUUCAAGCAACUGAGACAUAUGCAUAG